AUGAAUCCUGAAUACGAUUAUCUUUUCAAGCUUUUGCUUAUCGGUGACUCGGGAGUGGGCAAGUCAUGUCUGCUUCUCCGUUUUGCUGAUGAUACCUAUACCGAAAGUUACAUUUCCACCAUUGGCGUCGACUUUAAAAUCCGCACCAUCGAACUAGAAGGAAAGACCGUCAAGCUGCAAAUUUGGGAUACCGCUGGUCAAGAACGAUUCCGUACCAUUACAUCGUCGUAUUACCGUGGGGCCCAUGGCAUCAUUGUCGUAUACGAUGUGACAGAUCAGGAAAGUUUCAAUAAUGUCAAACAGUGGCUCAAGGAAAUCGAUCGUUACGCUGCUGAAGGCGUUAACAAAUUGCUGGUGGGCAACAAGAGUGAUUUGACGGAUAAAAAGGUGGUCGAUUACACAGCAGCAAAGGAAUUUGCGGAUUCGUUAAACAUUCCGUUACUGGAAACGUCGGCCAAAGACGCGACAAACGUUGAACAAUCUUUCUUGACUAUGGCCAAGCAAAUUAAGGACAGAAUGGGUAGUGCUUCUGUGCAAACACAGCAACAAUCGACUGUCAAAGUGGGCCCUGGCGCAUCUGUACAGCCGUCUCAGAGUGGUGGUUGCUGCUAG